CUGUCAGUCCUGCAGGCUGAUGGUUGUUGAUCCUUCCCCUGUUCACAAAGCUGAUUGAGUGGAUGAAAGUCGAGCCUUGGCAUGUCAGCGAAACCUCAGAAACAAAGCACCAUGUUUUCCAUUUUUACCAAGAUAAAAGAACGUGUUGAGGCUUUUCUGAAUGAGAAGAACAUCGUAACUGACUGCCUCAACAAAAUUGAGGAAAAAAUUGGAAUUAAGAAGCGGUAUCUCGCAAUAGGAGCUGUUUCUGCAACUGGACUGUACUUGUUGUUUGGAUAUGGAGCCUCUCUGCUCUGCAACUUGAUUGGCUUCGUUUAUCCUGCAUAUUUCUCUAUAAAGGCUAUCGAGAGCCCAAACAAAGAUGAUGACACACAGUGGCUAACUUACUGGGUGGUGUACGGAUUCUUCGGCGUGGGGGAAUUCUUCUCAGAUAUCUUCCUCUACUGGUUUCCUUUCUACUAUGUGUUCAAGUGCCUGUUCUUGUUGUGGUGCAUGGCCCCGUUCUCCUGGAAUGGCUCUCAGGUGCUGUACAGGCAUGUGGUGCGCCCAUUUUUCCUCAAGCACGAGUCCUCUGUGGACAAUAUGGUCAGCAAUCUUAGUGGGAAGGCCAUGACGGCCGCAGAAUCUGUCACGAGAGAGGUUCUUCAAAGUCUGGCAAAAAACAGGACCAUUCACCCAACUGACAGAGCCGAGCCACCCAAAGAACUUCCCAGUUCAUCUCCUAAUGAACCCAGUAUAGACUAAAAUCCAUGCAGGAAGCUGUUUCCUCUCAUACCAAAUCUCUGUGAGAGACAGAAAGAAAUGGAUCUACAUUAAACACCAGCAGAUCUUCAGCAGACCUGAGAAAAUGUACUGGUCAGCACAUGCAGUAUGUUUAAGUGUCAUUUACAUCGAUCAGCCAUAACCUUAAAACCACCUCCGUGUCGAUUAUCACAGCUCCACUUACCAGAUAGGUGCACUUUGUAGUUAGUUGUAUUUUGUAGCACUUUGUAGAGUGUAGUUUGUCUGUUUCUCUGCAUACAUUGUUAGACCCCUUUCAUCCUGUUCUUCAGUGGUCAGGACCCCCCUGGACCCUCACACAUGGGGGUGGAGUUUAGUGUGUGUUGCACUGGUAUAAGUGGACACAGCAGUGCUUUUAAGUUUUUAAACCGUGUCCACUCACUGUCCACUCCAAUAUACAGCCAACAGCAUCCUGUGGACAGCAUCCUGUGACGACUAAGGACGGACUAGAGGGUGACCAACACAAACUGUGCAGCACGAGAUGAGCUAUCACCUCUGACUUUACAUCUACAAGGUGGACUAGAGUGGACGGUUAAAUACUGCAGCAGCACUGCC